AUUGAACGAAUGAUGAACUCCUUCUGGUGGUGUGGCAAGGGGAUGAAUUCUACCGGUAUCAAGUGGAUGUCUUGGCAACGCCUAACUAUCCCUAAAAAAUUUGGAGGUCUGGGUUUCAAGCAGCUUCAUGGCUUCAAUGUGGCAAUGUUAGGAAAGCAAGGGUGGAGAUUUCUAGUGCAACCGAAGGCUUUGGUUUCACGUGUGUUUAAAGCAAGAUACUUCCCAAAAUCCUCCUUUCUUGAGGCGGGGUUAGGCGCUAAUCCGAGCUACUGUUGGCGGAGCAUCCUUGCAGCCCAAGAUCUAUUAAGAGCUGGAGUUAGGCGACGAAUUGGAGAUGGGAGGAAAACUCUGAUUUGGGGUCCUCCUUGGAUGGCGAGCCAUGGUAAUUCAGUUGUGGAUUCAUCACCACCACCGUUUAUGCCAAACAUGCCGGUACACUUCCUUAUUGAUGAGCGAAGCAAUUGUUGGAGAAUGGAGGUGGUGCGGCAGUGGUUUCCUUCGGCAGUUGCGGACAGAAUUCUUAGAACUCCUUUCUCUGCUGCACACGAGGAUGGGUGGUUCUGGGCUGGUACUUUGCAUGGAGGCUACAAUGUUAAGGAUGGCUAUAGGAGGCAUGUUGGAGAGGUUGAAGCGGCAGCAAAUGAGGUGAACUGGACACGUUGUUGGCAUAUCCCAGUUGCACCGAAAAUCAAGGUUUGUCUAUGGCGAGCUAUCAAAAAUAUUUUGCCAACCAUCUCUAACCUUAACACUAAGGGACUUAACAUUGUGAAUGUAUGUCCUAUUUGUGGUUUGGGUGAGGAGACGGUUGAGCAUUUAUUCCUUCACUGUCCUUAUGCAGUGACAAUUUGGGCCCGGUUGGGUUUGCGUGUUAUUCGUGAAGGGAGCAUUUCGGCUCACGCCUGGUUUCGGGAGGUGGUGCAGACAACCUCUCGAUCAGAGUUGCAGCUGUUUGCUUUGGCUAUUUGGGCGUUAUGGAAAGCCCGCAAUGCUGCAGUUUGGCGGUUUCAAGUUCCUACACCCUCGAGCACGGUAUGUCUUGUUACUGAAACUCAAAAAAGUUGGUCUAGGAGUACUUCUAGUCGGGCGGUUGGGCUGCCUUUACCAUCUCCUAGGCCGGUAAGAUCAGGAGCUUUCAAAUUGUUUGUGGAUGCAGCUUUAUUCCCCCCUUCUUCUAUGGUUAGCUUUGGGUGUGUUCUCUUUAACCAUGAUGGCUCUUUUUUUGCUGCGUUGAAUGGAGAAUUAGUAUGUGAGACUGAUCCAGGUUUAGCGGAGGCGAUGGCAUGUAGAAGGGCUUUGGGUUGGGCGAGGGAGCAAGGACUUACGGAGUUGGAGGUGUUCUCGGAUUGCUCUAGGGUUGUGGAUGCAAUAAAUGGAGAGUCUACUUUUUUGUCUUAUGUUGGUUCGAUUAUUAGUGAUUGUCGAGGCUUGUUAUCUCAGUUUAAUUAUGCUACUUUGUCAUUUGUCCCUCGAACAUCUAAUGUGGUAGCUCAUGUGUUGGCGAAAAGAGUUGUGAUGGAUGCUGGGGUUUGGAAAAAUGCUAAGGACUUCUCCACUGCGAUUCUGGAGCGGAAGAAGGCGCCGAAUCGGCUCAUCGUCGAUGAGGCUGUCGGCGAUGACAACUCUGUCGUUGCUCUCCACCCUGCCACAAUGGAGAAGCUCCAACUCUUCCGCGGAGACACGGUUCGGAUCAAGGGGAAAAAGAGGAAAUAUACUGUGGUAAUAGCACUGGCUGAUGAGAAUUGUGAAGAGGCGAAGAUUAGGAUGAAUAAAGUUGUACGGUCAAAUCUUAGAAUUCGUCUUGCUGAUGUUGUGUCUGUACACCGAUGUCCUGAUGUCAAGCACGGGAAGCGGGUGCACAUACUUCCCAUAGACGAUACAAUUGAAGGGAUAACUGGUGAUCUUUUUGAAUCCUACUUGAAGCCUUACUUUAUGGAGGCACUCCGUCCUGUGAGGAAAGGAGACCACUUCCUUGUUCGACGAGGCAUGCGAAGUGUGGAAUUCAAGGUCAUUGAGACAGAUCCAAGUAAGUAUUGUGUUGUUGCUCCCGAUACAGAAAUCUUCUGUGAGGGGGAGCCAGUGAGGAGGGAGGAUGAGGACAGGCUUGAUGAAAUUGGGUACGAUGAUGUUGGUGGCGUUAGGAAACAAAUGGCUCAGAUUCGUGAAUUAGUAGAGCCUCCACUGAGGCACCCUCAACUUCUCGAAUCCAUUGGUGUCAAACCACCAAGGGGUAUUUUGCUUUACGGUCCUCCGGAAAUCAUGUCCAAGUUAGCUGGGGAGAGUGAAAGCAAUCUCAGAAAAGCUUUUGAAGAGGCUGAAAAGAACGCUCCAUCUAUUAUAUUUAUUGAUGAAAUUGAUUCAAUUGCUCCCAAACCGGAGAAGACACGUGGUGAAGUUGAAAGAAGAAUUGUCUCUCAACUUUUAACUCUUAUGGACGGAUUGAAGUCCCGUGCUCACAUCAUUGUUAUGGGGGCUACAAAUCGUCCCAACAGUAUUGAUCCGGCUCUUAGGAGGUUUGGUAGGUUUGACAGGGAAAUAGACAUAGGUGUUCCAGAUGAAGUUGGUCGUCUCGAAGUUCUACGCAUUCACACUAAGAAUAUGAAACUCCCUGAGGAUGUUGACCUGGAGAAAAUUUCCAAAGACACACAUGGUUAUGUUGGUGCUGACCUUGCAGCUCUCUUCACUGAAGCUGCACUUCAGUGCAUCAGAGAAAAGAUGGAUGUCAAAGAUCAGAGAAAAGAUCUUGAGGAUGAAACAAUUGAUUCUGAAGUUUUGGAUUCUAUGGUGGUUACCAAUGAUCACUUCCACACUGCUCUUGGAAAAGGCAAUCCAUCUGCUUUGCGUGAGACUGUUGUAGAGGUGCCCAAUGUUAGCUGGGAAGACAUUGGAGGGCUUGAAAAUGUUAAACUUGAGCUUCAAGAGAUGGUAGAAUAUCCUGUUGAACACCCUGAUAAAUUUGAAAAAUUCGGCAUGUCACCCUCAAAGGGUGUUCUUUUCUAUGCCCCCCCUGGAUGUGGGAAAACCUUACUGGCCAAGGCAAUUGCUAAUGAGUGUCAUGCCAACUUCAUCAGUGUCAAAGGGCCUGAAUUGCUCACCAUGUGGUUUGGAGGAAGUGAGGCCAAUGUUCGUGAAAUUUUUGACAAGGCAAGAGGCUCAGCUCCAUGUGUUCUCUUCUUUGAUGAGCUGGACUCUAUUGCAACUCAGAGGGGAAGCAGUGUUGGAGAUGCAGGUAGUGCUGGUGAUUGGGUUCUUAAUCAACUUCUGACGGAGAUGGAUGGCAUGACAGCAAGGAAGACUUUUCAUCAUUGGAGCUACAAACAGACCUGAUAUUAUUGACACUGCGCUCCUCCGUCCCGGUAGACUCGAUCAAUUGAUUUAUAUCCCUCUGCCAGAUGAAGAUUCACGCCAUCAGAUUUUCAAAGCCUGUCUAAGAAAAUCUCCGGUUUCCAAAGAUGUUAAUCUAAGAGCUCUUGCAAAAUACACCCAAGGAUUUAGUGGGGCCGAUAUAACUGAGAUCUGCCAGAGGGCCUGCAAAUAUGCCAUUCGUGAGAACAUUGAGAAAGAGAACCCGGACUCCAUGGAUGAGGACAUGGAGGAGGGGGAUGAAGUAGCAGAGAUAAAGGCUGCACAUUUCGAGGAAUCAAUGAAGUAUGCUCGCAGGAGUGUGAGUGAUGCUGACAUGCGCAAAUACCAGGCGUUUGCUCAAACAUUGCAGCAGUCCCGUGGCUUUGGAACAGAGUUCCGGUUUGCCAAGUCGGGGAGGAGUGGCGGUGGUGCCGCCGCUGGCUCCGACCUGUAUAGCUCAAGUGUUUGUUUUUGGAUCGGCUUGUUAACAGUAUCUCUUGUGUUCUUUUACUACUCUGUCUGUGUUUGAUUCUCUUAUGGAGUCCGCUGUUGACAAAAAAAAAAUGCUCUGCUGAUUU